AUGGCCAGCAGCACGGAGGAUUACGGGUCGGAAUUGCAGGAGCUGCAGUGGGGUGGUGGUAGCGGAUCGCACUUCCUGCGCAGCGGCUCCCAUUUCCUGAGAAGCGGUACCGGCGGUUGCUAUGAAGCCGAGGAUUUAGAGUCGAGCAGCAGGCACCAUGGUGGUCAGCACAGGGGAUAUUACAGCCCUCCGGGCACGAGUUACACGAUCGUCGAGAGACCACCGAGCGCCUCUCAUCACCAUUCCUCGCACACCACCCCGUAUAGGCACAGGGGACACACCACCGGGGCCUCUGGUGCCAUUUCUCCGGAACAGGUGCUCAGACUUUUCGGCAACGGUGUGUCGGAGCGUCGACAGGGCGACAGAAGGACGCCGGCGUCUUCGCCGGCCAGUGUCGCCGCGGUGAGGACGACACCGUCGUCGACGUCCCAGCAACAGCAGCAAUCCCAGCAAUCGCAGCAAUCGCAACCGAAUCCCGCGAAUCCUCCGACGUCACCGAGCUCUCAGCCAUUGAGCUUGCAGGAGCUCACCGUAAGGACAAUCACCAUGACGAGAGAUCCGCCGGACUCUCACCAUGGCUUUGGGAUCUGCGUGAAGGGUGGCAAGGACGCAGAAGCGCAGUCAGGGGUGGGUGUCUACAUUUCGAGGGUGGAGGAGGGUUCGGUGGCCGAACGCGCUGGACUCAGGCCAGGAGACACCAUCUUGGAGGUGAACGGCACACCCUUCCGUGCGGUGACCCACGAGGAGGCCCUCAAAAUGUUGAAGUCCUGCAGGACACUAAGCAUGACCGUUCGAGGUCCAGCGUUGGAUCCACAUUGCAGAGGCGGACAUCCGGUGUGGUCCUCUUCCGGUCGCCAGCAAUCCUGCUGCUGGAUCGACCGUCAAGGUCGUCCGACCUCACCACCUCCACCUCGAGACUCGAGGUACGGGCCGAGAACGAGGAAGGUCGAGCUCUGCAUUGAACCCGGCCAGUCUCUCGGUUUGAUGAUCAGGGGUGGCCUCGAGUACGGCCUUGGAAUUUAUAUCACCGGGGUCGACAAAGACAGCGUGGCCGAUCGAGCUGGACUUUUGGUAGGAGACCAGAUCAUCGAGGUGAAUGGGCAAAACUUCGAAGAGGCAACCCACGACGAGGCAGUGGAAAUCCUGAAAACGAACAAAAGGAUGACACUCCUAAUUCGCGACGUGGGAAAAGUGCCACAUUCGUGCACCACUAGCCAAACCAUCGUCAUGCCUACUUCUAGGUACCCUGAACACGAUCCUCUACUUCUCGAGAGCCCUGGAAAUCAUCGUCCACCGAGUCCUACCAUUGCUAGCGAUUGGAGACACAGAGGCGGUAUGCACACGGUUUCCGCGGCGACAGCCGCUAUGGUGGAGGAGAAAGCGAGGGUUGUUCUUGCGAGAAGCGAAAGAGCUGCUCUCUCGCAGCUUCUGGCUGAUUAUAGAACGCGUAGAAUGACAAUCGAAGACUUGGUAGUCAGUUUAGGCGAUCUGCUGAACACACAUGAGAAACUGACCCUGCUGACCGAGCUCAGAGAAUUGGUAGACAGCAAAGACAGGGCUGCCUUCGACGAUCUAGUUUACAGGCCUCGGGUAGCCAUGUCUAGGAGAAAAGGUGACCGAGCCCACUCAGACCUGAUAGUAACACCCUCCCUGCACGAUCCUCUGAGGGGUGGACCAGGUGGUUGUUGCCGCCCAGGACGACUGGUGGACGUCGAGGGAGAUCCUCUAGGAGUGACAGGACCUCUCCUGCCACGGGAUAACCAGGAAUAUAGAUCGCCCAGCGAGGACAGCGGUCUAGGGGCCGACAUGCCCAGGACCAGAGUGGGCGGCAGGAGGGCUCAACAGCAUCAAGUGACGACCUCCGAUCUCGCCCUCUCCAACGACGACGAGUGCGACAACCAGGACUACGACGACGAGUUGGAGAACGGAAGAGGACGCAGGCAUAGUUCACCUGGCGGGUCAAGGGGCAACACAAGGGACUACGGCCAUCACCAUCUUCAUCCGGACAAUUUGAUCGAAGGUUCGCGGAACGAACGAGUCGCAUUCGUGUUCGUGGAACGACGCGAGUCGAUCCAGCCAGAUUUUACGAUCUUGUUUAUGUCCGGUCUUUCGAAGAGCCCGCAGCCAGAACGUAGGGACGCGAAUGAUGUGUCGAUAGCAUCGCUACACAGGACACGAAAAGCUCCGGAUUUCUGGCUCCCUUCGCGGAAAUUACACCUCUGA